AUGACUACUGACACUGCUAAAAAAAUAGCCUACCUGCGGACACUUCCAGCAAUACGAGAACGCUGUAACAAGGUCUAUUCCAUCGCCGCCCGGAAUGAAUUAGAAUUCUUUGAAUAUCAUCCCGAAAAGGAGGGCGAUGCAGUAGACUUCUGUCUAAAGAUAAUCCAACGUGAUUUCGGUGCAGAUAUUGAAUCGAUCCCGCCACAUGGGCGCUGGAGGCACCUUGAUGCCGGCCGACCUCGCAUUGCCCACUUAAUUUCUAAAUGGAAAGAGACAUCUUCAUCAAUAAAUGAUAAGGAGAUCUGUAAAUGCCUGGUUGACUUAUUUCUGGUAUCGGUACUGCUGGAUGCUGGAGCUGGCAAAGUCUGGAAAUACAAAGAACAAGGAUGUGGCGACAUAUUCUCUCGGUCUGAAGGACUAGGCGUGGCAAGCUUUUACAUGUUUAACGAAGGGUUCUUCUCUGGAGACAGCAGUCAGCCUCAUCAGGUUAAUGCUAUUGGUCUUUCUCAAAUCACUCCUGAGAGAGUUGGGGCUGCGAUGCAAGUGACAGACCAGAACCCAAUGGACGGGCUUGAAGGACGUGCGAAUUUGCUUGUCAAGCUAGCAGGCGCACUUGGAUCGAACCCCCACUAUUUCGGUAAGGAUGCAAGGCCAGGAAACCUCAUAGAUUAUCUGGAAUCUCAGUCCACCACGGAUAAUAAUGGCAUCCGCUCUGUACCGGUUUCUGCACUCUGGCACGUUUUGAUCGACGGCCUACAAGCAAUAUGGCCCGCCUCACGGACUACACUUGGUGGUAUACCUCUCGGCGACGUUUGGCCGUGCUCGGUCCUUCCUAGUACCGAAGAAGGUGAUAACUUCGUGCCGUUUCACAAGCUCACUGGAUGGACGACAUACAGUCUCCUCGAACCGAUGCAGAAAAUCCUCAAUUGGCGAUUUACGGGACUUGAAGAUUUGACUGGUCUGCCAGAGUAUCGUAAUGGUGGGUUGCUUAUGGAUAUUGGAGUUCUCUCCCUUAAGCCCGGUGCGAUUCCAACAUCUUUCUACCCGGAUCCGUCUUCUGCGAUUCCUCGCCUUCCACCAUCUCAUCCCGCCAUAGUCGAAUGGCGUGCUAUGACAAUCAUUGAACUUGAUCGCAUUGCAGAUGGAAUCCGAGCUAAACUCGGCCUAACAAAGGAGCAACUCAGCCUCGCACAAGUGCUCGAGAGCGCGACUUGGAAGGGAGGGCGUGAGAUCGCCGCACAGAAAAGACCGCAGACAAAGGGUCCUCCAAUUGAUAUUGAAAGUGAUGGAACAGUAUUCUAG